AUGGCGGAUGGGGAACCUUGCGAGAGGUUGCCGGCGCAGGCUGCCGCUGCGCCAGACGUGCCCGCGCGCCGCCUGCGAGCGGAGGUCCAGGAACUGCGGGAGGAGCUCGCCGCACUGGUCUGCUGCCUCGCGGCCUCUGGUCACCUCAGCCCGGAGGGGCACUCGGCGGAGGUCCACCGCCGCCGGUUCGACGCGGCCCGGCGCGCAUUCCCAUCAGGCGUCGCGGAGAAGGCGACGCUCUGGGCGUCUUUGCCCCUUCUUGGCCUCCUUGUGGUCCCUCGUUGCCGCGUUUGGACGCGGCUCGGAAAAGUUGUCAGGAAGGGACCCGGACCCUCUAGUUGGUUUUGA